CGUUAUUCCAUUCUCUCAUGGAAACCCAUAAAUGUCUGCAAAUUUGCAACCGGAUGAUUAACUAUAAGCUGUACAUCAGUACGAAAUGCCCCCAAAGGAGUUGUCAUGUCUGGAAACAUUGGGGAUAUCAAUCGCCAAAAUUGGCCGUAUUCCAGAACACAUUGCGAUUAUAAUGGACGGUAAUCGACGAUAUGCAAAAAACCAAGGAUUGACUGUUGCGCAAGGUCACGAAGCAGGAAGUUAUAUCCUAAAGAAUUUAUCUAUAUGGGGGAAAGCACUCGGCUGCAAAGAAUUUACCGUGUAUGCCUUCUCAAACGAGAAUUUCAAACGAACAAAGGCCGAGGUGGACGAUCUGAUGGAUCUUUUCAUGAACGAGUGUGCAAAUCUGCUGCAUGAAGUUGACGCAGGUAUAAACAAGAACACUUGCAUCCAAAUUGUUGGGAACUGGGAAAAUCUUCCUGCCAAAUUGAGACACCGAAUGGCCAACUUAAUGCACAAGACAAGACAUUUGAAACCCUUUCUUCUAAAACUGGCUAUCGCAUAUACUGGUCGGGAAGGGAUUUUGCGUAGUUUGAAUGCCCUCCCAUUAAACAAGGACCCUGAUGAAAAGACGCAUCUUCACUCUGAACAAUGUAAUGAAUAUUUAAUCCAUCAGUCCCAGUAUUUAGUCGACAUGCGUCCCAUCGACAUGCUGAUCCGAACUGGGGGUGAUUGUCGCUUAUCUGACUUCAUGCUUUGGGAAUCGAGCCAGUCCUACAUCCACUUUAUUAACGAAACUUGGCCAGAGUUUACCCUGUGGAAGCUCAUCCAUGCCAUCCUAAUGUACCAGGUGCACGCAAGAAAAUUUCCAAACUUGAUACCACCCAGGCUAAACACGGAAGAGAAACCUAAUAACAUUUUAGAGAAAUCAAGAAACGAGAGGUGGAAUCGAAUUAAACGACUUGCUGAAAGGGACACUCCUGUUGGCAAAAUUCAAACUGUUAUCCACACCCCCAACAAAUUUCUACAAGCUGUGAAAAAUAUUCUGACAUUUUAAUGCAUACGUAAAUUCUAUGCAAAAUGGAUUCUAUGGAUUUUGAAUUAUACACAAGCUUCCACAAUAAAAUUGAAUAUUUCAAGAAAUUUAUUAUCUUAUACGCUUGAAAUCGCUAAGUUUGUGAGCAAAAAAGAGUAGCGGAUGCACCUUUUAUGCAUGAAACGUGGGGACAUAAACGUGAACUCGCACAGCGAAUAAGUAGGAUUCAAAAGAGAAAGUUCUAUUACUUUCUCUACUCUGAAACGCCAGAACAGAAAACAGAAUACGUACAAUCACUUCACGUUUGGCAUACAGAAUCUGGUCCGAAGCACAAAAGCAGAUCCCCUUACUCAAAACAUGCAGGAAGCAGGAGAAAGUUGAGCCCCAACCAAAACAACUUUCUCCUUCCAUUCAGCUGAGCUAUGCUUUCUUCUAGAUCAUUUUCCUGCUCUCGCAGCGAAUCAGGCUAUUGCUAAUAGAAUAAAACUUUCAUGGCUUGAGUUCAUGCAUACGGCGUAGAAGUCUGAAGGAUUUACGCAGUGAUAAAACAGUAUUGUCUUUAUUUCAAGGGUAAAAAUCUCCAGUUCUCAUAUCGCAGUCAAACCAGACAAAGUGCAAGUAUUAUCUGGGAAGAAUUUACAAAGGAAAAAGAAGUCAAAUAUAAAGACAAGAUCGAAAUGGUCGUGGUACUAGAUCAGGUUAAGGGAGUCCUGAAUAAUGCUGCCCAAGCAGUUGUAAAAGAGGGCAAGAAUAUCGUACAGAUGGUGAAAGACGUCGGAAAAGGCGAGGGCAAAGAGGUCAAACAAGAUGUUGAGGAUUCGAAAGAUCCUCCAGAGGAGUCAGCACCCGUUUUUGAAAAAGUGACAAAAAGGGAAGAAGACACCAUGACUUCUCCACUUACUUAGAUACAUAGAUUAUCUAUUUGGUAAAAGCUAGUUAAAUUGUGUUGAACUUUUUAAAUUAAUUUGUAAUAAAUAAUUAUUAGGGAGAAAUUCACCUGAAAUAAUGUAUUUCUUGUCUUAGAGCAAAAUAUUUCAGGCAAUCUCAAAAUUGCAACUUGAAUUUUAAUAGAAUUAUUUUGUUAUGUUUAAGUCAAUCUAGGCUAUAAAUAAGGAUAAUCAAUGUCAUUAUUGACGUACCAAUGUAACCUCAUUUUGUAUUUUUAUUUGAAUAUUUUCAAUAUAAUUCAAAUUCGCUCUGUGCAAAAAUAAAAAAUUAUAUAUCUUAACUUA